AUGACUGAGAUCAAUGCUAAGAAAGAGAGUUGGAGAAUCAUGGUUAGGGUUGUUCAUUUGUGGAUGAUAUCUAAUGUUUCAACUACCAAACAAACAUUUAGCAGCAAAAUACCAUUAUCCAUGGAGACGGUGCUGGUGGACUCAAAGACUCUCAUUUAUAAGUUUGACAAAACCUUACAAGAAGGGAAAGUAUACUCUAUUCAAUUUUUUGGUGUUGUUGACAAUGGAGGUAUAUAUAGAAUCAUCCUCCACAAGUACAAAAUUAUGUUUCAGUACUCCACUAAGGUUGCAUUGGUGGACAAUGCAAGUGUUCCAGACUCUGUGUAUGAUUUUAUACCUAUAAGAGACAUUGUUUGUGGUGGUUAUGACACUGAUUAUUUAGUUGAUGUCAUGGGUAUUUUGACAAGUGUUGGGACUGAAAGAGAAAAUGAAAGAAACGCAAUGAGAACAAAGAUGAAUGUCAUCGAAAUAAAGGAUGAUGGGUUUAACAGAGAGUGUACUUUGUUUGGUCCAUUUGUGGAUGAACUUAAUGCAUUUCUUGCAUUUGGAGUAGUUGAAAAUGUUGUUGUAAUAGUUCAUCUAGCCAAAGUGAAGUGUUUCCAAGCCUUAUGUUGUAGGAUGCUUCAGGAUAUGAAUUCACCAUGUGUAAGUUUGAGUCAACUUAGUAAUGAUGCAGUUAGUGCGGAGGUUGAUUUUCUUGAAGUUACACCAAAGAAAAAGAUUGAACGGAUUAAAGAUUGCAAGGAGGUAAUAAUGUGA